AGCACAUUUUCUACUAUCCCUACUUGGCGCCUUCUGCCCUUCAUCUAGAUACUUUUUGUCUUUUUUUUUUUUUCGUUUUGUCUUCAUUCUAGGUCAUGGCCGCCAACGUCAGAGUGCGGCGUCCAGCUACUCCGCCCCCCGGUCUUCCACAUGCCGCUCCUUCCUCUCAUAAAUAUCCACCAGUACGACAAGACCACUUGAGUGCAGAUGAACGGCGAGAAGCAGCUUCCAAGGGGUAUGGGCCUGGCCGACGAAGUCAUUCGCCAGGUGGUCUCAACGUCACACCUGGAGAAUGGAAACUGCUGGUGGUUGUCCUUCUGAUUGCAGCCGGCGUCAGGAUGUUCCGUAUAUCGAAACCAGAUAGUGUAGUUUUCGACGAGGUGCACUUUGGUAAGUUUGCAGCACGCUAUAUCAAAACGCGGUAUUUUGUCGAUGUGCACCCUCCACUUGCAAAGUUGCUGAUCACGGCGGCGGCCUUCGUAUUUGGCUUCAAUGGCGAUUUUGACUUCAAGGACAUUGGGAAGGUCUUUGACAAUGUGCCAUAUGUUGCUAUGCGAAUGGUACCCGCUACAUUUGGAGUCGCAACUAUUCCCCUCGCAUAUCUCACCCUACGAGCUCUUGAUUGUCGCGCAACCACCGCCCUACUGGCAUCAAUAUUCCUGACAUUCGAGAACGGACUGAUCACACAAUCCCGCCAUAUCCUGCUGGAUUCUCCCCUCGUAUUUUUCACGGCUCUCGCCACCUUCUUUUUUGUGGGGUUUUCGAAUGAGGAUAAGAAGGAACCAUUUACCGAACAGUGGUGGACGUGGCUCAUUUUGACUGGUCUGUCUCUAGGCGCCGUCGUAUCCUGCAAAUGGGUUGGCCUAUUCACAAUUGCUACGGUUGGCGUUGUCACCAUCUUGCAAUUGUGGCUUCUCUUGGGAGACCUUCGUGUCAGUCCAAGGAUGUGGGCUAGGCAUUUCUUCGCGCGGGCUGUUGGUCUCAUCUUGAUACCUAUCCUUUUCUACAUGAUGAUGUUCCAGCUGCAUUUCGCCAUUCUCGGAAGUUCAGGAGAGGGUGACGCGUUUAUGAGCUCGGAAUUCAGGCAGACACUAGGUCAAGGGAUGCAGGACACGUACGCAGAUGUUGCAAUUGGUUCAGAGAUCACAAUCCGACAUCUGAACACACAAGGCGGUUAUCUACACUCCCAUGCUCACAAUUACCCUGGAGGAAGUGCACAGCAACAAAUCACACUAUACCCUCAUAGGGAUGAGAACAAUAUCUGGCGAGUGCUCAACGCAACAAUCGAUAGCUAUGAACAGUACGACUACGAGCGCAAGCCUAUCGUGUAUAUCGACGACGGCUCCCGCAUCAAGUUAAGGCAUAUCGUGACCGAUAAGGCGCUCCAUUCGCACGACGUCCGCCCGCCCGUAUCAGAUGUCGACUUCCAGAACGAGGUUUCAGGGUACGGCAUGUCUGGCUUCGUCGGCGACAUCAACGACGACUGGGUUGUUGAGAUUGAAAAGGGCGACCGCGGUGAUAAGGAGUCGAACACACGCUUGAGGACGUUGAGGACGCAUUUCAAGCUUAGGCACCUGAAUACAGGCUGCUACCUCUUCUCGCACAAGGUGAAGCUCCCCGAGUGGGGUUUCGAUCAGCAGGAGGUCACGUGCAACAAGAACGCUGUCAAGACCAACUCGUUAUGGUACGUCGAGACUGCUGCGAAGCAUCCACAACUAUCGGUCAAUGCUCCAAAGGUCAACUACAAGAUCCCUGGUUUUCUGUCCAAGUUCUGGGAGCUUCAGCGGGUUAUGUGGACUACGAAUGCUGGAUUGACGGAUCGUCACAUGUACGACUCUCGACCUCUGAGCUGGCCUGGACUUCGCCGUGGCAUUAACUUCUGGGUCAAGGAUCAUCGCCAGAUCUACCUAAUCGGCAAUCCAUUUGUUUGGUGGUCAAGCACGGUUGCGGUCGUCACAUACAUGUUCGUCAGAGGGUUCCUCAUACUCCGCGCGAAGAGAGGAUAUCGUGAUUUUGACAACACCAAGGUUGUCAAGUAUGAUUCCCUCUGCGGCUUUCUCUUCGCCGGGUACUGCUUGCACUACUUCCCCUUCUUCCUCAUGGGCCGCCAACUCUUCCUUCACCACUACUUCCCUGCAUUAUACUUCGCAAUUCUGCUCAACUGCGCCGUUUUUGACCUCGUCACAUCGACUCUACGACCAAAGAUUCGGUUACAGAUCGCUGCUGUGCUCAUGAUCAUAGCAAUCAUGACAUUCUCGAAAUUUAGUUCCCUAGCCUAUGGCGAUCCUUGGACGAAAAAGAAAUGCACAAACGGGCAGUGGGUAAAGACUUGGGAUUUUUCCUGUAACGAGUUUUUGGACGAAUACUCUCAGUAUUCAGGUGUCACUGUUCCUACUUUGAACCGGAACACCCCGAUGGCGACAAUUGGAGGUGAGCCCGGUGGGCGCGCAGCUAUUGUGGUCGAGGACAAGCUCGGGCAAGAUGCCGUCGUUCCGCCUCAAGACGAACAGAGCACCGCCGUCCCGAUUGGCGCUCCGGAGCCUGGGCGAGAUGUGUUUGCCAAAGAUAAACAAAAGGAGAUCAAGAGUCAGUUGCUUGCGAUGGAUGUGCCGGUUCCUGUGGAUGAGAAGGAGAUCAGUGUGGUGACGUUCGAGCCAACCAGUGCAGCGCCGGAACUAGCAGCUGGAGAAAAAGAGGAGGCUAAGGUGCAAGGAGGUAGCGUGAGUAGUAUUGGUGAGCCGGAGGAUCAGGCGCAUUCUGAAUUCAUCAACAAUCUGGAAGAAGAGGUUGAGGUUGGUGAGGAUAACGAUGACCUUCGGAAACUUCACGGACCCCUUGACCACGAGGAAGCCAUUGCAGAUCAGGUGGCACAUGAGUUAUAUCCCGAGGCCAGGGACGCCGAGUAAUUUAUUUAGGAAUCUGUAAUUUGUUGCUGUAGGUGGUGUUUCCUAAGUAAACUAGAUUGUGCACUCGACGACACUAGUAAUCAUAUCUAUGCGGCACAGGGGUUGGAGCUUGAUGGACGUUGGGGAUACGUACUAUUUACUUAUUUCCUGCUUGUAUCUGGAAUGAGGGUCUGGGACUUUGCCCUUCCCUUCUCUUA